GCGGCGGGCGGGACACCAUGAGCGCCGAGUGCAGCAGCUACCUCAGCGCCGACAAGGUGCCGGUGAGCGGCUUCAGCUGCCCGCGGGCGGGCGGCGACGCGCGCGCCGUCUAYUGCUGCGGCUUCCAGGACGUCAAGUACUGCUGCGAUGACCCGCACAGCUUCUUCCCCUACGARCACGGCUACAUGUGGUGGCUCAGUGUUGGAGCUCUUGUGGGCCUGUCGAUAGCAGCAGUGGUCCUGUUUGCUUUUAUCAUCACUGUGUGUGUUCUCUGUUACUUGUUUAUCAGUACAAAGCCACGCAGUAAACUGGAUGCUGGUUUGAGCUUACAGAUGGCAGUUGUAGGAAGUGUAAAAUUUUGCAAUACAAGUGAGGAUGCAACAGAAACAAAUCCCAUUAUCAAGAAGAAACUUAUGGAAUUACUUGCUCCAGAUUUCUUGUUCAAAUACAGAAUUGCAUCUUUCAGAAGGCCCUGCCAAACCAACCUUCUAACAGGGCCAAAUGGCUUCCAGAGACAGUUCCUUAGCCACAAGGAUAGACUGUGACCAUCUKCCUGACAACCUGUCUCACUGUCUCACCCUCCCACGAGUUUCUGGGCUACUGCCAUCACKGAUACCCAGAGGCAACCUGAAGGAUAUGUAUUUGUGUAUUGUUACUGUACUAGGAAGUAGUAUCUUUUGAU